AUGACUUUUGCCGAAUUCCUCGAUCAAGUUGGCGGCAUGGGUCGCUUCCAGUUGAUCCAUACAAUGCUUCUCACCAUCCCUAUUGUGUUGAUGGCUGGUCACAACCUUCUUCAAAACUUCACUGCUGCCAUCCCAGGACAUCACUGCCGGAUCCACGUCACCACCAACAGCAGCGGGCCUCCCAACGCUACUCUUCUGCUGGGAGCCAGCGACCUCCUUAGAACCGGCAUUCCCACAAACAGCAAAGAGCAGCUGGAAAAGUGCCGGCGGUUUGUACAUACCCAAUGGCACCUCCUUGACCACAAUGCCACUGAGGUAAACCAGACCAAGAUGGAAAUGGAGUCUUGUGUCGACGGAUGGGUGUAUGAUAGGACCACAUAUACUUCCACCAUCGUCACUGAGUGGGACCUGGUCUGUGACCGACGGAAGCUUCGGGAGUUGGCCCAAUCAAUCUACAUGGCCGGUGUGCUGGUUGGAGCAAUGGUCCUUGGAGGGCUGUCUGAUAGGUAUGGCCGCAAGGCACUACUCAUUUGGUCAUUUCUGCAAAUGGCAGUGACGGGGACCUGCGCGGCCUUCUCACCCAACUUUGUCUCCUAUUGCAUCUUCCGGUUCCUGAGCGGCAUGGCUCUUUCUGGAUUCGGCCUCAGCAUUGCAUGUUUGGUCGUGGAGUGGAUUCCCACCCAGUUCCGCACCAUCACCAUCGCAACCACCGGCUUUGUGUAUACACUGGGCCAGAUCCUCCUGGCUGGUCUGGCCUACGGCAUCCAGGACUGGCGUUGGCUCCAGCUGGCCCUCUCAGUGCCCUUCUUUGUCUUCCUCCUCUACUCGUGGUGGUUUGCGGAGUCGGCUCGCUGGCUGCUGCUGUCGGGAAAGGCCAGCAGGGCUGUCCGGGUCCUCCAGAGGGUCGCCCAGGUCAAUGGAAAGCAGGAAGCUGGAGCCAGCAUCACGACUGAGGGUCUGCUUUCCAACAUGGAAAAAGAAUUAUCUACAGCCAAGUCCUCUUACACCAUCUCCGACUUGGUGCGCACCCCGACCAUCCGGCGCAUUUUCUGCUGCCUCUCCAUGGUGUGGUUCUCAGUCAGCUUCUCCUACUAUGGGCUGGCCAUGGACCUCCAAAACUUUGGUGUCAGCAUCUACCUCAUCCAGGUGAUCUUCGGGGCUGUCGACUUCCCAGCCAAGGUGAUCGUGACCAUCACCAUGAGCUACAUUGGGCGAAGGGUCAGCCUGGCAGCCUUCCUCAUCCUGGCUGGCUUCAUCAUCAUCAUCAACAUAUUUGUGCCCGCGGAUUUGCAGACGGUUCGGACGGCGCUGGCCGUCAUUGGGAAGGGUUGCCUGGCGGCUGCCUUCAACUGCACCUUCCUCUUCACGACGGAACUCUACCCCACGCCUGUCAGGCAGACUGGGCUUGGUUUCGGCAGCACCAUGGCCCGGGUGGGCGGCAUCAUCGCUCCACUGGCCAAGAUGUUGGAAGACUACUACGUCGCCCUGCCGCCAAUUAUGUAUGGAGCAGUGCCCAUCCUUUCUGGCAUCAUCGCUUGCUUUCUGCCCGAGACCCUGAAUGUCCCUCUUCCAGACACCAUUGAAGAAGUGGAGAACAGAUCCAGAAAGAAGACGGCUGAAGAAGUAGCCCAGGAGAAGAUUCUGCUCCAGAGCCCGGAUAAGGCCCUGUUCAAAGAGGCCUGCUGAUCAACAACGGCCUGAUUCUGGGAAGAGAAGCCAUCACAGCUCUUUGCAGACUGCUUCUUUUCUGCUCAUCCUGAGAAAAGCAUUACAAAGGAUAGAAACUGUGACGGUUUGGGAAGACGUACAUUUUCCGGACAUUUUUGAAGGCACUUAAAAAAAAAAAGAGUGUUCCUUAUGAUUUGUU